AGCAGCAGCAGCAGUAGCAGCAGUUGUGGUAGUAGUACCUAGUUCUGUGCCUGGAUAACGAAGUGUUUCGAACUCCAAAAGAAAGAACGUCCGUGUGUCCGUUUUAUUAUUAUUAUUAUUUUUUUUUCAAAUUUAUUUUUUCCUUUCCCCUGACAUACACGAACCCCAACCAAGUUUAUUCCCAGACCCGUUGACAGACUUACAUUAACUUUGAUAUUUACCUGUCUUUCCCUAUCCAUAUUUAUAUGCUGUCUGCGAUCAUCGCGGUCGCAAAUUUUCAAACAGUUCUCAUCGAAACUGCCAGUGAAACGAUGGAUCAGUGAAUCGGAAGAAUGUCUUCUACGAGAAUUCUGCUCGACUGAAUGUAUUCUUGAAUGAUUUGCAUAAUUUUGUAUAGCAAUAUCAAUGGUUUCUGGAAAUGGUGUGUAAAGAGGAUGUUUUAUUAUGGUUUAAAGACUUGGAAGGCUAUAAGCGAAUAGAUGUGAUGACGGAGUUAUUGAAUAUGUGCGUCCCAUUCGAGGUGCGAUACCUAGGUAGUUGCAUCGAGGAGAUCGGGAAGCACAGCUACCACGAGCUCCGUGGACCCAGCAUCGUUGCUAACGAUGCGGACCGCCUCUCCAAAGAUUCGUCUCUCCACACGGGUCUGCUGGACGACAGCACCCGACAUCGAGCUGUGAUUUACAUGUCCGUGCUUUCUGCCAGGAACUGCACGUGUGCGAAUUGGUUUUACAGGACACUAUUGCGAACUCUGUGUGUCGAGACUGAUGUGUAUUUUAAAGAUGACAACGCGCUCAGUGAACUGUUACUAUUAUUUACUAUGGCUUUACACCAUCCUGCCUUCACGUACGAACAGAAAACCCACUGUGGCAAUGUGCUCGUUAAACUCAUCGACAUCCAUAGCGAGAGGAGUAAAAUGAUCAACAAUAAUGCACUGAUUGGUAGCGGUCAUCCUUGCUUUCAACACGGUUACUUGCAGACAAGUCGAAAUCCGAAUAUGUGUGUGACAAUGGAAACACCUAUUAUACCUGUGAAAACAUCAUCAGUAAUGCCGUCAGGAGAGAAUACAAUACCGAUCCAGCAUCCACCUCCGGGUUUUCCGCCACCACAUGCAAUGCAACAACAACAUCCGCAUUUGGAUUUUAUGUCCAAGACAAUUUUAGCUCGACCGGGAUUUACGGCGACUGUAGUUAGAGCACCAGAUAUGCAUCCAUUUCCAACGGCGACGACGGCAGUCACUACUCUUGAGAAUCAAGCAGGUUCGCCACCUCACAGUAGAACGACUUCUCCGCCACCACGAACGUUUAUGCGACCACUUUCUACCGUUGUAACCGGCAUGUCUCCUCUUAAUCCUACAAAUGCGCUGCUAGAAGAAUUGCAGAAUACUACUCCUCCUGUUCAUCUCGAUCCUGUUCCUAGCAUACCGUACAACCCGUUAUCAGACAUUAUGAAAAACACAGACGAAGAAUUAAACAAUAUGCUAAUAGAUGAUAAAAUUAGGGAAUCUCAUUGGCUGCCGCUCGAACAUUUCAAGAAGACGAACAUGAACGGUAUGAGGAAUAAUACCUACGUACUCGAGUCACUUAUAGAACAUCAGGUGCAUCAGUUAAAGUUGGAAGGUGAUAAUUCGUUGCAUUGUUCGAAUCCGACGUCCGGCAACAGCAGUAGUAAUCAUUCUCCUACCGAGACUCCUUCAGUGACACCAGCAGUGACGCCCCACGGUCCAGGCCGAGGAGGAUCAAUUCCCGGUGGAGGCGAUUCAAAAUGUCGUCUGAACGGAAUACCCCCGCCCUAUAUUUAUGAUCUUAAUACAACACCGAUGCCUACAUUUAGUAACUGCUCUGUGCCUUACACAAUCGCUCCCGUACCUCACAGUAGGUACUACACAUACGGACCGCAUUACACAACACCAUACCCAUAUCAACAAAAUGCAGAACUGUAUCCAUACCUCGUGUAUCCGCAUGGUAUGAAUCCACAGCCACCGCCGCCUCCGCAACCACCAAGAAUCCUAAAUUGCUACAACUGUGGAGCAAUGGGUCACUUGGGUAUAGAUUGUAACGGUCAAACCGUCGAAGAUAUCACUCAAAAACCGUAUAUGCUUGAAUUUGAUUCAUUGAAAACGCAAGAUAGCUCUGACAAAUAAUUAUUAUUUACAACAAAAAC